AUGCAGAGCCGGAGACUUCAGCAGGCCCUAUACCCUGCCGGUUACAAAAGGGUGGCAUUAGGACCUGAAGUCCAUUACUGCCUCAACCCUGGCCUGGCUGACAUUAUUACAGGCAAAAUUAGAUGUGUGGCCUUCAAAAUAAUAGACUGCCGCUAUCCUGAUGAAUAUAAUGGCGGCCAUAUAGAUGGUGCCCUGAAUAUUUACAUGAGAGAGCAAUGUUUCGAAUUUCUCAGUCAACAAUACCAGAAAAGAGAAAAAAUUAAUAUUUUGAUUUUCCACUGUGAAUUUUCCAGUGAACGUGGACCUAACCUUUGCAGAUAUCUACGGCAGAUAGACAGAAAACGGGACUGCAAUAUUAUAAAAUACAAUCCAAGACGUGGAAUGCAGAUAAACACAAAAGAAAUAAAAAACGGUUAGAAUUGUAAAUUCACAAUUGUAAAUAUCCGUAGUGUAAAUAGAAUUUUGUUUGAAACUCAUGUUUUUAUUUGAAAAUCUUCAUUAUUACCUCCUAAUUUAAGCUCAGUAAUAAAUAAUGCAGCAGCAUAUGUGUUCCAGCCAAAGGUUAAAGUAUAUUAUCGAUUUUGAAUUUGAAGUUGCCAUACCUCUAUAUACAGGUUGAGUCAAAAAUGUGUACCGAGCUUUCUCGGGUUGAUAUUACAUUGAAAAAUAAGUAAAUGAUCUUUUCUGAUAGAGCACAUUAAUACAAAUACUUCACAUCACCAAUGCGAUUCGAUAUCUACUAUUCUGACCCUUAUGAUUCCUUGCGAUUUGGAACAGUCUAUUUCAUCAUGAUUAUUCAAUUUUCGAGAAUUAGUGUAUUUUUUGAAAGUUAUUUCAUAUUCCCUUAACACAUUGCAGUUAUAUGAAAGGUAUGAAUAUAAUAGUUGGUAAAUAUUAUCCUUUAUCCUAUAUUCUCCUAUAGAGUUCCUUCCUUUAUCUGAAAUUCAUGAUAUUUUUUCCUUGACAAGAGAUACCUCUACACCUCCACGUGGUUCUUGCUGGGCAACGUUAUCUUUUGAUGGAAGUUGAUUUUCCGUAACAUUCAUUAAAGGAUAACGGCUGAGUAGAGGAAAAUGUUGGAUUUUUCAAACUCCGGACGGCGGGCUAAAUUCAUUUUAUAAUCUAUUCAGAUAGAGCACAUUAAUAGAAAUACUCCACUGAAAGAAUUUUUUUGGAGCACGAAUUAUUUUCGGAGUUAUAAACGUUUCCCUCUCUGAGAAAACCGUGGCUGGGUCAAAAAUUCGAUAUUUCACUAUUCCGGACGGAGAGCUAAAUUCAUUUUAUGAUCUAUUCUGAUAGAGCACAUUAAUAAAAAUACUCCACUGAAAGAAUUUUUUUGGAGCACGAAUUAUUUUCGGAGUUAUAAACGUUUCCCUCUCUGAAAAAACCGUGGCUAUGUCAAAAAUUCGAUAUUUCACUAUUCCGAACGGCGGGCUAAAUUCAUUUUAUGAUCUUUUCUGAUAGAGCACAUUAAUAAAAAUACUCCACUGAAAGAAUUUUUUUGGAGCACGAAUUAUUUUCGGAGUUAUAAACGUUUCCCUCUCUGAGAAAACCGUGGCUGGGUCAAAAAUUCGAUAUUUCACUAUUCCGGACGGAGAGCUAAAUUCAUUUUAUGAUCUAUUCUGAUAGAGCACAUUAAUAAAAAUACUCCACUGAAAGAAUUUUUUUGGAGCACGAAUUAUUUUCGGAGUUAUAAACGUUUCCCUCUCUGAAAAAACCGUGGCUAUGUCAAAAAUUCGAUAUUUCACUAUUCCGAACGGCGGGCUAAAUUCAUUUUAUGAUCUUUUCUGAUAGAGCACAUUAAUAAAAAUACUCCACUGAAAGAAUUUUUUUGGAGCACGAAUUAUUUUCGGAGUUAUAAACGUUUUCCUCUCUGAAAAAACCGUGGCUAUGUCAAAAAUUCGAUAUUUCACUAUUCCGAACGGCGGGCUAAAUUCAUUUUAUGAUCUUUUCUGAUAGAGCACAUUGAUACAAAUACUCCACUGAAAGAAUUUUUUUGGAGCACGAAUUAUUUUCGGAGUUAUAAACGUUUCCCUCUCUGAAAAAACCGUGAAUGGGUCAAAAAUUCGAUAUUUCACUAUUCCGGACGGCGGGCUAAAUUCAUUUUAUGAUCUAUUCUGAUAGAGCACAUUAAUACCACUGAAAGAAUUUUUUUGGAGCACGAAUUAUUUUCGAAGUUAUAAACGUUUCCCUCUCUGAGAAAACCGUGGCUGGGUCAAAAAUUCGAUAUUUCACUAUUCCGGACGGCGGGCUAAAUCCAUUUUAUGAUCUAUUCUGAUAGAGCACAUUAAUACCACUGAAAGAAUUUUUUUGGAGCACGAAUUAUUUUCGGAGUUAUAAACGUUUCCCUCUCUGAGAAAACCUUGGCUGGGUCAAAAAUUCGAUAUUUCACUAUUCCGGACGGAGAGCUAAAUUCAUUUUAUGAUCUAUUCUGAUAGAGCACAUUAAUAAAAAUACUCCACUGAAAGAAUUUUUUUGGAGCACGAAUUAUUUUCGGAGUUAUAAACGUUUCCCUCUCUGAAAAAACCGUGGCUAUGUCAAAAAUUCGAUAUUUCACUAUUCCGGACGGCGGGUUAAAUUCAUUUUAUAAUCUAUUCAGAUAGAGCACAUUAAUAGAAAUACUCCACUGAAAGAAUUUUUUUGGAGCACGAAUUAUUUUCGGAGUUAUAAACGUUUCCCUCUCUGAGAAAACCGUGGCUGGGUCAAAAAUUCGAUAUUUCACUAUUCCGGACGGAGAGCUAAAUUCAUUUUAUGAUCUAUUCUGAUAGAGCACAUUAAUAAAAAUA